CAGAGAAUAUCAAAUAGACAGGUGGCCUUUAGUCAUAAGUGUAAAGCACAAUAUGUUAUAACGUUCAAGAGAAAAACGUAACUUUGGAAAGCGUUUAAAGUUAAAAUGGCGUCAAAUGAGACCGGGUUGGUUGAAGGCAAAGUGGCUGUCAUUGUUUUGCUCUUUCCUGCGGACCUAAAAUGGAGGACUUGGCUAACCAGCUAACGUAGCUAGCCAACUAAGCGACUGCAGCUCAUCUGUAACGUUUGUUAUUCUAGGACUGUUUCCCUUGUAACCAAGCAAUUGGCAGUUGCUUCAAAAUGUAUUCUCCACUCACCCGUUUUCUUUCAAACACCGGCUAGGUCAGUUAUACACAUCAUUAGGCUUGCAUGGACAUCUAGACAGCCCACUGCUGAGGAGAACCGGCAUCCACGGUGUGAGAUCAAGCUCUUUGUGCCACCAACGCCCCUGUCAGGAGGACAUUGGUGGGCGUUGGUUGGCAAGGGUUCUGGUUGUAGGAUUGCCACAACAAUGACAUCCACUGUGUUCACAAGUGGAGGAUAUAAGCUGGACACAGUAGGGAAGAUUGAUUUGGUCAAAGCUCCAGCGGGAGGAACACCUGAUUCCUUCUGCGGCCUGAGGAGGGAGCCAAGUGAAUAUGUCAUCGGAGUCCCCAACGUGCUGGGCAGUAUCCACAACAGCAGCGGCCAGCAGCUUCAGGGGAAAGCCAAGGUGGUGCCAGGACAGGGACCGAUUACCUGCAGGCCUGGAUCUGGACAGAACCUUGGACUUGGGUCGGGGCAAGAGGAGAACUGGGUGAGCUUUGGAGCCCAAACUCCCCAGGGCAAACCGAUGGGGGGCGAAGGCACCACACAAGUCAAGAGCAAGACACUACUAGGACAGACAAACAGCAAUAUGGGCAAGACGGACCUUGGAGUGCACAACACUAUCAAACAGCCCCGGGACGAUGUAGUGGGUGGCAGGGAGGUCAGAGGGACUGCUACGGCAGCAGUCAUGGGGGCACAGUCAUCAGAACACAGCCCAGACUGCAAAAGAGGGAAUAUUAGGAAAGGGCCUGGUCACUCCCCUACACAGACCAGCUGCAUACGCCAGAUCCUCCUCCUCCAACUGGAACUCAUUGAACAACAGCAACAGCAGCUCCAGUCCAAGAGUAAGGAGAUAGAUGACCUCAAAGCUGAGAAGGAAAUGCUCAUGGCGCGGAUCGAGCGCAUGGAGCGCCGUCUGCAGCUAGGUAAGAAGGAUGGGUUUGACCAGCACCCCACCCACAUCCCUAGCCGGCAACAAGACCAGGCAGCAAUGCCAGGGACACCAGAGGGGCAGGGGCUGUCUGAGGGCCGCAGCAGCCAUACACCCCGAACACUGAAUUUUGGCAGAGGAGGCAAGGGCCACAAACGGCGUUUCCUCUUCCAGGACCCCAGGGCAGCCAAACGACGUGCCCAAGCCAAGUCUUCCCAGUCCCCACACAACGAGGCGCUUCUCCCCAAAGAGGAGCCACUGGACGGAGGAGAGUUCUCUGAUGAGUCUCCUGGAACCAGCUCGGCUGCCACUGAGGAACUGGACUACCUGUCCACCACAGACAUAUACCUGUGUCGCUGGCAUGUGCCUCCCCCGUCACCAACUUCGCGAGAGCCCUCACCCAAGAAGGAGGAGCCUGUGGCCAUUCCCUCAUGGAAGGAAAACCUUAUGGAGCCCCUAGGAGAGGAGGAGGCAUCUGAUAUCCCUGAGAAUCUGGAUGACAAUGUCUUCCUGAAGCGCCACUCGAAGCAUGAACUGGAUGAGAAGAGAAGGAAGAGAUGGGACAUCCAGCGGAUCCGUGAGCAGCGGAUGUUCCAGCGACUGCAGCAGCGCAUGAACAAGAGGAAUGGUAUACAAGAGAGUGAGCCAGAAGUGUUCUCCUUCUACCCAGAAGCUGAGGAUGUGGAGUACCUCAUGAUCACCCCCCACCUUCCAGUGGUGGUGUUUGGCCGACCUCUGCCAAAGCUGUCAAGACGGAUCUUUGACCUGCCCUGGCUGGAUGAGCGGAGCCGCUGUCGAGUAGAGGUGCCCAAAAAGCAUACCCCCCACCGGACCUGCCGUAAAUAAAUCUGUCCUUUCCACCUGAGUCCAAGAGAGGAGACACUGGCUGGGUUGGUGCCAGGCAGGACUCCGCUGUGUAAACGUCUGCCUUGUUAUUUGGGAGAGGAACACACAUAGGAGAUGGGGGAAUUGCAUGCCACAAUCCCCUAAAAUCAAAGGAUGCACUGUGCCACAGUUUGGACAUGGUUGCUGGACUGCAGAACAGAUCCUAUAGUAGGGCUUGUUUGGAAGAAGAUUGAGGGUGGUGUGGACUAUCCAGGAAGAGCAGAGAUGUGUCUCUAGAUUCCCACUGGGUUAAUUUGAGGACAGUUUUCCUCUUUGCAACUUCACCCCAAAAAUUCCCACGCUAAAGAACUUUACAGACUGUUGACGUUGUCAUUCACAUUGACAUGCCUCAUAUUUAAACAGCGCAGAAUGGCUCUGACUCCCAUCUGUAUGUGAUUGCUGUUGCGUCCUAUAGAAAGGAGAUCUCCUGUUGGAGAUAAAAGGGUGAAAAAAACAUUGGACAUUAGGAGAGUGAGAUGAUUUGAAAGCGCUUCAGCAGCACUUAUGGUUUGUGUUUCAAACAAGAUGUUGUAAUUAGAAAAAAAAAGCUUCAUGAACACGACUUGGUUUUCUUUUGAA